CAUACGAGUAACGCCCGACUUGGAAAUCCAAUAUUAAUGGACAGUGCACUGAAAUUUACACAAUAUAAACAAGUCUGUAUUCUUUCGCCACCACUCUUGUUUUACUGAAGUAUUUUUUUUGCAUACGAUUAUCUUCUGGCCUUGAUUUAUCGACAUUUCUAACCCAUUAACUGAUUACAAUGAAACACGUAGCGAAGACUCGUCCUGUAGACUGUCUGGAGGCUCCAUGACUCCCUCUACUGGAACAUCCAUGUAUGUGGUUGUCGAACCACCCCUGUCAGCAGCAGUUUAUCUGCAAAUAGCACUGGAGGCUAUGGAAGCAUUCUGCUUCUCUCGUGGUUAUUGAACCAUUUCCCUCACCCACUUUCCUUUCGAACGAACGUGUUGAGGAUGAAACCCCCGGGCGGAAUCUUCGUCUCGGUGUUUCUCUUCGCCGCCGAGAUGAUGGCAGCCUUGUAUCUGAGCAGCACCUACAGAUCGGCUGGGGACAGGAUGUGGCAGGGGCUCACACUCGUCUUCGCCCUGGUGCCAUCGAUCCUGGUCCAGUUCACGCUAACCUUCGUCCACCGGGAUGUGAGUAGGGAUCGACCGCUGGUGCUGCUCCUGCAUCUGCUGCAGCUAGGACCUUUCGUCAGAUGUCUUGAAGCUUUUUGCAUCUCCCUCAAUGUUGGUAAAGUCGAAGAAUCUUACGUCAGUAUUAAAAAGAAACAGAUGAAAAAAAAUGGCUCUUCUGAAGAAAUUGAGAAAGAAGUGGGUCAAGCUGAAGGCAAAUUAUUCACACACAGAGCUGCCUUUAACCGGACUUCAGUGAUUCGCUUCAUAGGCUCUGCACCUCAACUUACUCUUCAGCUGUAUGUAAGCAUAAAGCAACAGAUAGUAAACUCCUGGGAGAGCAUAUUAAUGGUUAUUUCCCUGCUCACCAUUGUAUAUGGAGCCUUGCGGUGCAAUAUCCUUGCUAUCAAAAUCAAGUAUGAUGAAUAUGAGGUACAUGUGAAGCCUGCAGCCUACAUUUGCAUAUUCCUGUGGAGGAGCUUUGAGAUUGCUACCAGAGUUGUUGUUUUAGUCCUCUUCAGCUCUGUGCUACAGAUUUGGAUCCUUCCUGUGGUUCUCUUGAACCUUUUCAUAUUUUUCUUCUAUCCGUGGAUAUUAUUCUGGAGCAGCAAAUCACCUUUCCCUGAGAACAUAGAAAAAACAUUUACCAGAGUAGGUACAACAAUAGUAUUAUGUUGCCUUACAUUUCUUUAUGCUGGCAUUAAUAUGUUCUGUUGGUCAGCAGUUCAACUCAAGUUAAAUGAUUCUGAUUUAAUUAAUAAGUCACAGAAUUGGUAUAGACAAGCUGUGUACUAUAUGUUUCGAUUCAUUGAAAAUGCUGUUCUUAUUCUCCUAUGGUAUAUCUACAGAACUGAUGUGUAUAGCUACAUAUGCGCUCCUCUGUUGGUCAUGCAGUUGUUAAUAGGGUACUGCAUUGCAAUAUUUUUUAUGCUUGUAUUUUACCAGUUCUGCCAUCCAUGUAAAAAACUUUUUACCUCCAGUAUUUCAAAAGGAAUACUAGCUUGUAUUCAUUUUACUUGCUUUAGAUGUGAUUGCUGCAAAUCUUCUGAAUCCACAGAAAAGGCUGUCUUGGAGCCAAACCAUGCUAAUGAUCAGGAACAGGGCCCUGAACCCAUCAGUAAAUGUCAGGGUUAGAAGAAACUUCAAAAUGCAAAAGAAACGGCCUUUUCUGUUGGAUGUUUGUAUCCACGUUGUAUGGACGUGUCUCAGACAAAUUCUGCAGUUUAUAAUUCCCAUAAAAGGUGGGUGUUUUGCCAUGUUUCAACUGCUUCACAUUUCAGUGAGACAUGAAAGUAAACUUAGCAAUUCCAGGUUUCCAGCAUGAAGCUCUACCUGCAAGAGGAGAGGUCUCGUACAUCCAGACAUAUUUGAUACAACUAACAGGCAGAAAUUAGUUGGCAAUGUGACCUCAGUUUCCACAAUUUUCUCUUCUGGUGCUAUCCUGCAGGCCAAACAUUUUUUUAAUGCCACAUCCAUCCAGUGAAAGUCAGCUUUCAUUUUAGGGGUCAGCUUAUAAGAAGUAAUUGAUGAGAAAAUAUUUCUCUGCACUUUUAGUUGAUAUGUAUCAGCAGUAGAAAAUGCUGACUUUUACAUUGUGUAUUUGUGAUAAAUUUAUAAAAUCCAGAUUUCUUGGUUUCUGAGAAACAUUCUCUUUAAAAUGAUUUGUCUUUCUGCUAUCUUUAACAGAAGCCUUAGCCUUUAUUUUAUUUAGUUAAAAUAUAAAGUACAAGAAUGUAGUUUUAUUCAUAAUCAUUUCUGCACUGUUGUUUCUAAGAUUUAGGGUUCUUAUUAAAAUGUGAGAGCUCCAUGCCAAAGUUCUUCAAAGAAUAUUCAAGCAAAGUAUAAAUAAUAAUAAGGGAAAUUUUGUAAUUUCAGUAUGUGCUUUCAAGUAGAACAAUAAAUGCAUUUAAUAAUAUGUAAAUUAAUUAUCUAACUUUUAUUUUCAAAAAGUAAUUAAUUGCAUCAAAGUGCAAUCGAACUUUGGAAUUUAACAUCUAAACUGUUUGUUGUCUCUGCAUAUUUAUUUACGCAUGAGAGACAAAUUUAAUUUGAGUCAACACUCACACUUGAAUUUAUCAAAGAGGUAACAAAAUGUAUUGAUGAGGGCAAUGAAGUUGAUGUAGUCUACAUAGAAUUUAGUAAGGCCAUUGACAAGGUCCCACAUGGGAGACUGGUCCAAAUGGAUCCAGUGAUCAAGGGCAAGGUGUCAACUUGGAUCCAAAAGUAGCUUAAUAAUAUGGGGCAGAGAGUGAUAGUGGAGGGUUGUGAUUGGAAAUCUAUGACAAAUGGUAUACCACGGAUCAGUGCUGGGACCCUUACUGUCUGCUGUAUACAUUAGCAGUUUGGAUAUGUAGGUCAUAUGGUUUGUAGGUUUGCAGAUGACAUGGAAAUUAGUUGUGUUGUUCAUAGUGAGGAGGAUAGUCCUAGACUACGGAAUGAUAUUGAUCUGUUGGGCAGAGCAAAACGAGAUGGAUCCUUUAAUCCUGAUAAGUGUGAGGUGAUGCAAUUUGGGAAGACUCAUAGGGGUAAGGCAUAUACAAUGAAUAGUAGCACCUUAGAGAGUAUCGAGGAACAGAGGGAUCUUGGUGUACAAAUCCAAGGAUCUCUGAAGGUGGCAGCACAGGUAGGUAAACUGGUGAAGAAGGCAGGGAUACUUACUUUCAUUUGUCAGGGCAUAGAAUAUAAGAGCAGGAGCAUUAUGGAACAACUUUAUAUAACAUUGGUUAGGCCAUUGCUGGAGUACUGUGUACAGUUCUAGUUGCCACACUAGAGGAAGGAUGUGAUUGCACUGGAGAGGGUGCAAAAGAGAUUCAUUAGGAUGUUGCCUGAGAUGGAGUGUUUCAGUUAUGGGGAGUGACAAAUAGGCUGGGUAUGUUUUCCUUAGAGCAGAGGAGGCUGAAGAAAGACCUGAUGGAGAAAAUUAUGAGGAGCAUAGAUAGAGUAGAUAGUAGGAAGCAGUUCCGCAGAGCAGAGAUAUCCAGAAUUAAUGGGCAUUGACUUAAGGUAAGAGGUAAGAAGUUUAAAGGGGAUCUGAGGAAGAACGUUUUCACCCAGAGGGUGUUUGAAAUCUGGAACGCAUUUAAAAAAUAUCUAGACAAGCACUUGAAUGACCAAUUCCUAGAAGGCUUCAGACCAGGUACUGGUAAAUGGGAUAGGUACUUGAUAGUCAGCAUGGCCAAAAGACCUGUCUCUGUGCUAUAUGACUCUGUGACUCUAUGACUCCAUGACUUACAUAAAUGCAAAGCAUCGAACAUGGGCAUUAAUAACAGCACUGGUGUGCCAACCUAAUUGCCUAAUAGUUUCUUGUUUUAACAGGACAUCAAAUGUUCUUGGGUUGAACAUACCUUAUAUCAUUAGAUUGUGUUUAUUGAAAUGGGCUGCACAAAUCAGAUAAGUGGGCAGUGACCUAACCUAUCACUGGUACAAGGAAAAACUAAUGUAAACUAUCUUUAAUAAGGUUAAGAAUGCUUUAACAAGUUAGAGUAAAUCACUAGAAUCAAUAUUGUGAGAAAAAGGUUGUAAAUCUAUUCACCUUAUUUUCAUUACAUAUUCUCUUAAAAAUAAUUUUAAGUGACUGAAAUCUUUUUUGGAUAAAUGCAUAAUGCAACCUUAAAUAGUUCAACCUUAGGGCAUCUUCCCAAGAUGCUGGAGUGCAAGAUUCCAACACAUCUGUGAAAACAGAGAAAAUAUACUACUUCAAAGACAACAAAAAAUCUUGUAAAUAUUUGCAGUGAAAAGAAGAUGAAUUGUAAGUGAAAUUUGUAUAUAUUGAUUUUUUUUGUUUGUAUAUAUUUUUCAAAUAUUAUUUCAAGUGUUCCCAA